UAAAAAAUUAAAAAUGUGAUGGACAAUAUUUUAAUUUUUAAAUUAUGGAAAAAGGCGAUAAAGACGACCAAGUUGACUAGGAAUUGUAUCAUAAUAUGGAAAAUUUAUUAUUAAACGAUACUAUCUCUAAAUCAAAUAAAAAAGUUGUUAGAUUUCCUAACAAUGAUUCUAUAGUUAGUGCAUAUAUUGAUCCCCCUAAUCCCUGGAAAAAUGACAAACAAUACACAAAUGAAGAAAUUCUAAUUGCUUAUGAAAAUGCUUGCAAAAAAUUAGAUAUCAAGCCCUUACUAGAAAUUAUAUUGCAAAUCAAGGCACUCCCUAUCCAGCAUAUUGGAAGAUUAUCAUGCCUUCACUUGAAAAAUUUAAAACUCAAUUGUAAGCAUGUCGAGGCAUUAGAAGAAGUUUUAAAUAGGGUGCGGUUUGUGACUAUCGAUUUGGAAAAUGCUCUUAAAAAUGAUGAAGCAUGUUCGAAUUUGCUGGAAAGCAUCGAAUAUUACGAAAGCUGUUUGCAUCUGGUUCUACGUCGAAAUAGGGACGCCUACUUAUAUACCUGGAAGUCUCUUUGCCAUAUGAUUAGAAAAAGUUCUUUCUUGGAAACGCUGGAUUGUAGCAAUUCUAAUCUCAUGCAAUUCGCUUUCCUGCCUUUCGCCCGAUCCGUUAAGCUCAACCAUUCCAUCACCACCUUGGAUCUUUCGAAUUGCAAUUUAAGCGGGAAAUCUCUGACAUUUCUAGUUAGCGGGCUCAAAGGGAAUCACGUGUUGCGCAACCUUUACCUCAAGAGCAAUAGGCUGGUCCUGAGAGAUAUUUUGAUCCUCAGGGAGCUUUUGAGCCGCGACAAGAAUAACCCGAAUGAGACUGUCAUUAACGAUGAUAGACAAGUCGGGGGUAAUAGGAGCAAUGUCACACAUUUUGACCUAUCCUUCAAUCCUAUUCAAGAUAUGGGAUUCAAGGAACUUUGUUCGGCACUCCUAUUUCAAAUAUGCAGGAUCAAUUUCAACCAAGCGACUUCUUCAAGUCUUGGCGACAGUGCCCAUCAAGCGAACAACACCUUUAAUUAUUCCUCGGAAGGUAUUACGAUGGAUGAAGGUGGUGUCGUUGACCCGAAUCAAGAUUCACCGAUUAGUGCCACGGCUCAUCAGGCUGAUCUCGAACCGAGUGCAGCGAAUAAAGAAGAAUGCAAAAAAGACACAUCGAUUUUACCCGAUUUCCAAAUGUACGAUAGAGAAUGGGAGCCUAUCAAUUCGUCGAAUAAUUCAUCUGCUAGAGAAGAUGAUUUUUUAGAGGUUAAUCCAUCUUCACCCCAUUUACCUGCUAGCUAUGACAAUGACAUUUCUUUCACUGAUCUCCUUUACACGAGGCAUUCCAAGGCAGAUCCGGAGUCAAAGUCUAACGCAAUCACAACAAAUUUAAUUAUAGAUGACGAAUCUUUUAUAGACACGACUGUAUCGCAUCCACUAAAUAUUCAUGCUGAGGAAAUCGCGGGAACUAAUCGUGAAAACGAUAUGAGUAACGUCAACGAAAUGAAUUUGAAGUAUACGGACUAUAUAUCCGUACACCACAAACCGCACACGUUAUCGCUAUCUGAUCAUUCCUCCAAUAAAGUGAAGGAAGUGCCCUUUUCAUUCAAGGACAGCAUUCAUAUGUGCCUUAAAUCGCCCCCACCUUUUAAUGAUAGUUUUCUUAGCGAUUUUGAUCCCGAUAACUCUCUCCUUUCUAUCGAUACCGAAUCUGACCCGAGUCUUGAUAUAGACCAAGGUGACAGAGAGGAUACGGACAAAUUAAAGGGAUGGACUGGGCCCCAAAAGGUUGCCAUAAUUAAGGGUCACACUGAAGGUGAUCCUGCUGAUAUUGGCGAUAGCGAUACGAGUCAAACACGCGAGUGUGGCAAUAAAUCGGAAGGGUACGACAACGGUGACCAAAACUACCGACAUUUUGAUGGCUUUGUUGAGGAUGACCUUGAAUCGCCAACAUUCAACGAAUCAAAUACCCGCGGUCGAGUUGACAAGAUUAACGGACAUUUUCUUUUUGUCCAGGGGAGCUCGGAGGACUCGGGAUUAAUUGAUCAUCCUGCUUCGACUAAUGAUAACCAUUCUGGAAUGACUGUACCUCAAGAAGGUACCGAUAAAUUAGAAGGAAUUAAUGCUAAUAGGAUGCUUAAUAUCGAAAAUUCGGACAAUCUUAUCAACCGAGUCAAAUUCGGUUGCGUUUCUCGAUUAGUCUUGGUGAAAUGUCAACUAAGCUUCAAAUCCAUGGCCCAUUUGGACUAUUAUAUGUCUCACCCUCUAUGUCAAUUGCGUUCUUUGAACCUUAGCGACAAUUCCAUAGGCGACAAAGGAAUUUCGCUCCUGAAAUCUUGUUUGCUCAAAAAUAUUUCCCUAAAACGAUUAGUGCUCAAUCAAUGCAAAUUAAGUGACGAAUCCGCUAUAACACUAGCCGAAAUAUUAGGCGUUCACCAUGAUAACAUUCCCUUUAAUUCCUCGAGACAAACGACCGUUAAUGGAUUAAGUCAUUUAGACCUCAGAUCUAAUCCCGAUAUCAGCCUAGCCGGAGUUUUGGCGUUAGCCAAGGCCAUGAAAUACAAUAGAUCCAUACUAUAUCUCGCUCUUUUCAAUAACGAUUGUCUAAAAAACAAUCAAAAUCCCAUUUGUGAUCCGAAGAACGAGUUUGUCAAAAAUCAACAAAUCCAAAAUAACAACCAUUCAACUGAUGAUCCUACAGCUGGAAAUUGGGACGCCAGUUCGAUUAACGAUAAGCAGAUAUUAACGAUCGGUGACGCGAAAUGUUCUUUCGAUGAAAAUAAGAGUCCUAAUGAAAACAGCUCAAAGCUAUCUUUGGAAAGCAAAGCGAGAUAUACUAUGGGCAACGAGGCUUCAACUAGCCCAACUUCCGGUAUCUGCAUCGACAAGAUGAAUGAUAAUGAUAUAAAUAUGAUGCCGAUAACUGAAAUUUUAUCCUCACCUUUAUCUGCGGCACCGUUGAACGGAGAUAAUACCUUUCAACCUUAUGAAACGGAAACGCCCGUGAGCCAAGAUUCUGCCAAACCCGAUAUCACGUUCGCUUCCAACAUCCUCAAACAAUUCAAAGGGAGUUUUAAAAAUCGUUACAAUUUUUUUACCAGUCCCCCUCCGACGACUAACAAAUACGAUGAUAAUAAUGCUAACAAAUCUAUUACAGAAAAAUCAAACCACACAAGUAACCAACCUAAGGACUCGGGAGAAGAUGUAACUAAACUGACUAAAAAUAACGAGAACUUUUACACGGCCCUGUAUUUGAAGGAAAUCGAAGAUUAUUGUCUCAGGAAUAGGUCCAAACUUUUGUAAAUUUUAUUAAAUCUAUAAUUAUUAUUUCUUUCUUUUCAAAUUUAUGAAUUCCAAAAUUGAAGUGUUUGCCUCAAGUAUAUAUAUAUUAUAUUUUUGAAAUUAAUGAUUGAUAUUUACGAUUCCAUAAACCUUUGGGGCGACCAAUUAUAUAAAAUAUUAGUAAUUAUAAAAAUGUUAAACAAUAUCUAUUUUAUUUUAUUUUUACAAGUGAAAAUGAUCACAUAUUAUAUUAUAUAAAAAUUGAAUUAUAUAUCCCGGGUUACUUUAGCAAUAAAUAUGCUAAAGAAAUAUAUUUAAAUUUUUUAAAAUUUAAUUAUUUUUUGAGGGUCUUUAAAAUUUUCACCAUAUAAAAAAAUUUAUUUUUUAAUUCAUGCAAUAAUUUUUUUUUUGUAAAAAAAUCUCAGAUAUGUAAAAUUAUAUUAUAUGCUUAUUUAAUUUUUUUAAAAAAAAUUUCCCCUUUUUCUUAUUUAUAAUAAGGCUAUACCCCAAAAAAUGAUUUAGGCUAGAUUUAUGGUAGGAUUUGAUCCUACACGAUUAACAGCUGAUCGAUUAUUUAAAAAAUUUUAAUGAGAUUAAUCUUUCUUUAUUAAAAUAAAUAAUUCUUAGAUUAUUAUUAUCAUGAAUAGAAUUUAAAAAAUAAAAUUAAUAUUAAUAAAACAAAAUUUAUCUCAUAAAAUAUAUUUAAAAAAUCUAUCAGCUGUUAUAGCGUGUUAGAUCGGAUCCCGCCACAUCCUUAUACUCUUCGUAAGUAAUACUGUAUUAAGAUAUGUCCAUCAAAAAGUUUCGAACAUUUAUAUCAAAAAUUGAAUUAUUCCCUACGAAAUAUAAAAAUAUCGGCUAAAAUUAUAUUUUAAAAUAACUUUUCCCGUUUUAUUUUGGCAUCCGUCAUAUGUUUUUUUUGGUCCAUUUCUGAUUAAAUUACUGUCAGAAGUAUAUUAAUUUAGUUGAUGGUUGAUGUUGAAAUAAUCAUUGGUGCGUAUUCUUUACCAUUUUAUUUGUUUGUAAUAUAUGUAACUGAUCCACCAUUUUGCUAUACUAAAUUUUAUAUUAAUAUAUAUAUUUUUUAUAUAUUUCAUUUUUAUCAAACAUUCUUAUCAAUACACAGUAAUUUUUCGUUUGCAUUCCCAUAAAUUUUUAUUAAAACAAUAUUUAAUAUUAACUUAUAUUAUAUAUUCAUUCAUGGCAAUAUGCACUUAUGGAAAUAUUUAUAUAAGAAUUUUAUUAUUUGUAUAACUUUUCAAAUGGGAUUAAAAUUUUUACAAAUAAAUAUAUAAAAAACCAAAUGCAAAUGCGCUAUAUAAAAUAUUUUAAGCAUUAUAUUAUAUGUUAUAUAACUACUAUUUUCGCGUAUAUUAUCAAAAUGUUAUAUAUAAUUUUUUUUUUAAAUAAAAUCUGAUGUCAUUGAUU